UUAAAUUAUACGUCAACAUCAUGUAGUUGAUGGCUUUGUUGUCUAUGCAUUGUUAUGUCUGAAAAGAUAGUGUAUGUGUGUAAGAGGGCACCGAAUAAUAGAGCAUAUGAAACCAAAGUUAUCUGUAACUGCUUAACAAAUUUGUAUUUUAAAAAAUCAGUGCAACAUCUACUUUUGCUAUAUCACGAACUACCAUGCUUAGGCCAAGUGCAGUUCCUCUCCCUGCAACUUACACAAGCAGAUACUCAUUCUGUCAGAUCGCAAGGACUUAGAAAUGGCCAGGAGAGUCGACGUACUUGGACAAACAGUUACAGUCAGUCUUCCACGCUACCGAUUGUUACGAUGAACAAAAGGAAUAUCAAGCUGGAAAAUGAAGGCAAGAGGCCUAGGAAACAUCGUGCUGUCUCUUUCUAAAGCAUGGCCAUACCUGCUCAGUCUUUCUCAGCCGAAAAUCCCAAGCUGACACAGCUGCAGAGAUGCAGUUGUGUCCCGAGAUCUCCAGCCAGCUGGGACCUGAAGAAGGACUCGUCGUCGGGAGGAGAGUGGCGAAGCGGAUUCGGCUCCCGCAGAGUCUCGGCUCUUUAGACGUCAGCGAACUGCCAGACACGGACCGCUCUCCUGGACUGCGGCUCGAGAAGAAGUGAACCUCAUUUUGCCUCAGGCAACUUCGCGGUGUGGAUAAUAUCCGAUUAAUGAUCCUAGUGCUAAUCUGAAAGAUCUACCUGAACUCUGAAGUGUACUACAAUGAUAAUAUAAAACUGAGUUAUACUACAUUAAAGUUCAGAAACCAAAAUUUUCCUGAAGGUGCACAGAGGCAAGGACGCAGUCCAAGGACCCCAUUGAGAUGACAACUAGAGCCAGAACAACAACGCUCACGAGACACACUGUGAAUGGCUUCCGUUACCAGGUGGCUGUGAUCGCCAAGGGCCGUGCAGUGCUGGUGCAGGCGGUGGAGUGGCUGUACCAAGGUGGCCCGUGUGUAAAGAGCUACUUUCUGAGCCUAGGCCACUCCAAGGCAGACUACAAACGCAAGUUCAACAGCGAACAACGGCACCUGUUGGAGAGGGGUGUCCCAUUCAAGGAGUAUGACAUCUCGCUCCUCUACAUUGUCCUCCAACUCAUGUGCGGACUGGCUGGCCCGAGCGACCCUGCCUGGGCUUCCCCUCCCACAGGCCAGCCUCUAGAACAUCUGCUGCACAAGGUGAAAAUGAAGCGGAACGAUAUUGCACACUCAAAUGACGUUCGGCAGAUGUCAGACCAAGAGCUUAUUAAGGAGUUGAGAAAGCUUAGGUGCUUGUUCUCUGGGAUUCUUAGAUUGGCCGGGAACAGGUGUGGAAUACGCCCUCAUGUUUUCCGUGACCAGGUUUGGGAGAUCAAGCAAAACUUUCAGGACCUCUUAGAAAAGGUCAGAGAACCUCUUCAGGCUUCAGACCUGGACAAGUUCCCACAACUUCAACAAGAAAUUCAAGUAUUUCAAAAAGCACUUCAGAACAAGAUAAAGGAGGCGAGCGAGCGGGAGCUGUGCGGUCUCUACCCGCAACUGUGGGAUGUGACUCUUGCGCAGUGGCUGUAUCCAGACCUUAAAAUCCGACCGAGUGUAAACUUUACGAACCUGGUAAUCAAAGAGGACACUUCAACUCUGUCACCAUCUCAGGAACAGCAGCACCAGCCCCGGGACAUAUCUCACAAGGAUCUGUUGCAAAUCACAGAUGUAUAUGAUCGCCUGCCUGAAGUGAUCAUAAUAGCAGGCGAAGGAGGAAUAGGGAAAACCACACUUCUGAAGCACAUGCUGGAGAUGUGGGUGAGAGAUCCGUCGCAAAUCAAGGGACUCCAAAACGUUUCUCCCCUGCUGUACCUGCAGCUAAGAGGGUCCACCCUCACCAGCUGGAAGGGCAUGCUUGAGAGUGCCCUUUGCGGUACAUUUCAGGAGUCUGGACUUACUAUUGACAUUUUUGCAGAUCUGUUUCAGGCCAUGCAUGUUGUUGUCCUUCUGGAUGGUUAUGAUGAAGUGAGUCAACAGGCCAAGGAGCUCAUAACUGAUCUCAUAAGCUACCGAAGAAACAUGCGUAUUGUGAUAACUACUAGACCGAGCUGUCAGAAAGAGCUGACUCAAAUAAUGAAGAAUAAGAAGCAAGUAAUGAACAUCGAAAUCAAAGGCAUUGAUAGGAAAGAUCGCCAUUUCUUUAUUGAAAAUACACUUGCUGCUCUUGUACAGGAUCCAGUGCGAAGGGAUGAACUGAAAGGGAAAAUCAUUCGAAAUCUCGAGAACUUGAAAACGGGAAAGGGAGACUUGGAUGUUCCUCUAACACUGACACUGUUGAUCAUACGCGACGUUGAGGCGCCAGAUGAGAGCUCACCUGACGUUUAUCAGGACUUGACAUCCCUCAUGAUGAAGAAAGUCAAGGAGAGAUUGGCAGCAAAGGGCAUUGGUGUUACUCUUGAGAAAGUUCGAGAGUAUCAUGAGUUCCAGAGAGGAGUUGCUCUACGAUGUCUGAAGAAACGGGAACAUGAUUUGCUGUCAGAAACAGUGGAGGAUUUGAAAGCAAAGUGUAAUGAGCUAAAUCUGCCAUACAAGGAAAUUUUAUCUGGAUUUCUUAUAUCAAAGAAAUUUAGACAAGGUCUGUUUAUCGUCCAUGUUUGGUCCUUCCCGCACAACCGGUUUCAAGAACACUGGGCAUCAAGUCAUAUUGCCACACAGUUAUCAAAGAUGUCCCGCUCACUGCCAGACAUGUCUGGCUUGUUGGAUUUUGCUUUCCUAACUGACGUCGAGAAGAAGAAAAAGCUUGGCAUGCCGGGACUGCCAACCGAGGAAGAAGUAGUUACCUUUAUGUUCACCAAAAAUCCUAUUUUACAAGUUUAUGUGGACAACAUUGAAGAGGCAAAAGAACUAGUCUGGGGAAAUAUAGGAGGAGACAUAUCAGCAUUACUGAUGGAAAUCGUUUUUAACAUUGCACGCAUUUUCUCAUCGUCACGGGAGAACCUUCUGGACAAGUUUGCCUCUGCUAUUAUCAGCUUCAUUUUAUACAGCGAUCACUCUCAUCUGAUCAGUAAGAACAGCUGCCACAGGAUCUGUGAGACAGUGAUGGCUUCGGGACAUCACGCCAGCAUCUUAGAAGCAGCUGCCAAAGUGCUGAGGACCAGUGGCACUCUGAUGACUCGGGGGGAGUAUCUGCCUGGCUUCGUGGCUUUGUUUGAUUAUGUCAGGCCUUCCUGUGUGGAAGUCUUCAUGAGUAAAGACACAGAAGAGUUUCCACCAAGCUGGCAAGUCUCUGGUCUGGAGGCAUUGUCCAAACAGAACAUUGAACUCAUACUCACUAUAAAUGACAUAAAGAGUUCUAUACAGUUUUCUGAGGCAUGUCUCCGGGCAGUCACUGGCCCAGGAAGUUUUUGUCGGCUGACCAAGUUCGGAGGUGAAUUGACAGAGGUCGGGAUGCAGCUUCUUCCUGAAAGUCUGGAGGAGCUGAACACCAAGUCUGACGCGGAGGGAGUGCGGGCUCUAGUGCCGAGGCUCCAGCACCUACAGAGGCUUCAGACCUUAGACUUCAAGGGCCAGCUGACAGCCGCCGAGGUGAGCCUUCUGCCCGCGCCCUGAGGAAGCUGAGCGUGGAGACGGACGCGGAAGGCUUCCGGGCAUUAGCAGCGAGACUUCCUCGCCUGGAGAAGCUGCAGGAAUUAGAGUUCGAGGGUCACCUGACAGAAGCAGAGAUGCCCCUCCUGCCCGAGGUGCUCUUCUCGCUCAGGGUCCGGACAGACGCCGCGGGUCUCCGGGCUCUGGCAAGGAGACUUCCCCGCUUGACGAAGCUCACCUCCCUAAAUGUAAGGCUGCUGGACUGUCCUCCGGCUGACUCUCUGAGCGCCCUUCCCUGUGAGGCGCCGUUCCUGACUCUGGACCUCCGGCAUGUCACGCCCCCUUCCUGGGAGUGGGUGUGUGAUGCUGUACAGCAAGUCUUCCUUGGAAGGAAUUCAGAAUAUUCUGUACACCUCCCCAGUGAAUACGACGAGCUUCAGACACAGCGCAUCGGGCAGGAGCUCCGGGGCCGCGGCGCGACCCUCUCCUGCUGGCUACAGGUUCUGCGCGUGUUCUCGUUCCCGCUCGCCGUCCGGCCACGCCCGGCGAGUGACGCGUCGGGAGGAAAGGAGUCCGGGCGAGAGGGGUCGGACUGCGUUCGAAGCGCAUCAUGAAAAAGUGAUAAAUAAAAGUGAACCUAAUUUUUCCAGCGAAUUCUAAUGAAUGUAUUGGACAUUUCAUCGCUUACCGUUUCGCCAGGAAUGUUUUCUAAUAGACAUUUGUUUCCAGUACCUGUGCAUAUAAAUAGGAUAUCAGAUAAGAUACGUGUUUAUACAUAAACACACACACACACACACACACACACACACACACACACACAUAUAUAUAUAUAUAUAUAUAUAUAUAUAUAUUAUAUAUAUAUAUAUAUAUAUAUAUAUAUAUAUAUACCCCGCCCUGACACGCAUUGGUUCCGCCUAAGUGGGGCUGCACUCUCAUCUCCAUCUCUUUGCACUUUAUUUGCUGCUCAAUUAGAAUAAAUUGUAAGAAUUCC